AGUGGGCUGGGUGGGGCCCUGAGGUCCUGAGCACAGAUAUUUCAGCAGCAGCCCCCAAAUUGUGAAUUUUUUAAAUAAUUACUACAAGAGUUCCCACUGUGGCGCAGUGGGAUCAGCAACAUCUCCGUAGCAUCACAAUGCAGAUUCAAUCCCUAGCCCCACACAGUGGGUUUAGGAUCCAGCAUUGCCACAGCUGCAGCCACCCAGAUCUGAUACCUGGUCUGGGAACUCCAUAUGCUGCAGGGUGGCCAAAAGAGGAAAAAAAAUUACUACAAAGCUGCUCUCCUUUAUCGUGCCCCUGGUGUUUGCAAAGGACUUCAUAGGCACCUUACUUGUCCCUGACCGACAGGCUGGGAGAUGAGGUACAAACCAUGCCAGUUUGGGGAGUUCCUAUUGUGGCUCAGCGGAAAUGAAUCUGACUAGCAUCUGUGAGGACGCAGGUUCCGAUCCCUGGCCUUGCUCCGUGGGUUAAGGAUCCUGUGUUGCUAUGAGCUGUGGUGUAGGUUGAAGACCAGCUUGGAUCCUGUGUUGCUGUGGCUGUGGUGUAGGCCAGUGGCUACAGCUCCAAUUAGACCCCUAGCCUGGGAACCUCCAUAUGCCAUGGAUGGGGCCCUAAAAAAAAAAAAGUACCAGUUUGCAAAUGAGGAAACUGAGGUACAUCACUGGCUCAAAGGCACUCAAGUUGGAAGGGUGGUAUCCAGAAUCCAGACUAUAAAAUUCCAACCAAGUAUCCUAGAACUAGCUUGCAUGCCUCCCAUGACAGGAAGUUCACCCUCUUUCAGGGAACGCCAGUAGAAAAUUGUGCCCUUCAGGGUCACAUUAGUGUUCCUGGAAGUUGGCAGUUUGGGAUCUCAACAGUUCAAAGAAUAUCUGUUCAGUUCUUUUACCAGUUUACAGAUGGGGAAUCCAAAGCCCAGGAAGGGAUGGGGUUUGUCUUAUGCUGAUGGUCUGGGGGAGUGUUGAGUGCCACCCUCUUUGGGAUUGCCUUUGCCUGAGUUAGGGGUGGGAAUUCUCUUGCACCUCAGUGAAAUCACUCACUCAGCAGACUUUAUUUGAGGGCUUGCUGUGUGCUGGGCCCUGUCCCAGGCACAAGGGACAAGGUGACAAGUCAAUGCUGGACCCUGCCCAUGAAGCUCGUACUCUCUUGGGGAGAGUGAUGAAGAGAUGUCAUACAGGGAGAAAUUUAAACAAUAGAGACAGGAGUUCCCAUUGUGGCUCAGUGUUAAUGAAUCCCACUAGUAUCCAUGAGGAUGUGGGUUCAAUUCUUGGCCUCAGUGGGGUAAGGAUCUGGCAUUGCUGUGGCUGUGGUGUAGGUCACAGAUGUGGCUUGGAUCCCACGUUGCUGUAGCUGUGGUGUAGGCCAGUAGCUGCAGCUCCAAUUCCACUCCUAGCCUGGGAACUUCCAUAUGCCAUGGGUGAGGCCCUAAAAGACAGUAAACAAACAAACAGAGAGACAGAGGAGGCUGGAGGGUGGCUUUAGCCCUGAGGAUGUGGGGUCUCUUAGAGGAGGUGACAUUUGAGACUACAUCUGGAAGAGGAGGAAGAGGCCAAGGAGAGUCUGGAGGGAACAGCCUUCCAGGCAGAGGAACAUGGGCAAAGGUCCCAAGGUACAAACUAGCCUGGCAUUGGGAGAACAGCAUGGAGACAAGGGUAGCUGGGGUAAAGUGAGCAUCGGAGAGCUGGAGGGAGAGGAGAAGGGGGAGGGCCUGAGGGUUGGAUGAGAGUUUGAAAUCUUAUGGUGGGGCUGGGGUCGCAGUAGCCCCCAAGCCCAGAUAACCUCCUUGUUGAACUAGGGAUAGUAUAGCUGGUGGGGUGGGGCCUGAGAGCCCCAGUAGGGGCGGAGCUUGGUCAUUGCCUGGAAGGCGGCCACUGUCCCUAGCCUUUGCCCAGGCUGGGGGUGGGGUGGUGGACGGUGGAACAGAACAAACCAUUGAGGGCAAAGUCCCGGGCCACAGAGUAGGACCAGGACACAGACACCCUGAAGCGAGUCUGCUCUUUGCUGCACCUGACUGCGUGCAAGCAGGGUUUCAUGAGGCGAUGGCCAAACACAGACAACCCCAGACCUUCAGGGUUUGAGCUGGGCAGGAGGGAGGGCGAGGCCCAGGGUGCCAGGGCUCGACGUGUAGGCUUCGGCUUCGUGGAGGAGGGCUGGCGAAGCUGAAGUAGGAUAUGAAUGAGGGGGACGACGUUCCUGGCAGAGGGAACCCAGGGAAGCAAAGGCCUGGGGGCGUGGUCGGGGCUUCUGGUUUGCUCCGGGAUGCUGACACCCGCCGCUGAGUGGCUGCGGUUCGAGAAAAGGGGCGGUCCGAGAGACCCCGGGGGCGGGGAUGGGCCACAGAUCCCCAGCCGAGGCCUGGAGGGAGCGGGGCCCGUUGAUGGAGCAAUAAAAUGGGUCCAGAAGGCGGUGACCACCUUUUGGGCGGUACAAGUUAGGGGCUCGAGCCCCGGCACCCCGCCGCUCCCUCUUCAAGCAAACCGACCUUUCCUGCCCAGCUGGGCCUGCGCGCAGGUGCGGGGCUCAGAGCCCCGCCCCGAGGCGGAGAGAGCCCGCCCCCCUGCGCCCCCGGCGGCCCAGCCCCCACUCCGCGUCUGCCGCGCCUGCCGGGCGUGCUGUCCCAGAGUCCACGUCUGUCUGUGCGUCCGAUUGCACCAAGAUCAGGGCUUGGGGGCCUCGAAGGGGGCGUCAGUACCCGGCUGCGUAGACGUGGCCCCGGCCUCGGCAUGAAGUCCCGCAGGGACAAGCUGCACAUCCCGGCGCUGACCCUCGAUCUGUCUCCAAGCAGCCAGAGCCCGUCCUUGCUGAGCCCCAGCAGCCCCUGCAGCCCCUGCAGCCCCUCGCUGGGCCUGCACCCCUGGAGUUGCCGCAGUGGGAACCGCAAGAGCCUAGUGGUAGGAACACCUUCACCGACCCUUUCCAGGCCCCUCUCGCCACUGUCAGUUCCAACGGGCAGCAGCCCUCUAGACAGUCCUCGGAACUUCUCAGCUGCAUCCGCUGUCAACUUCCCUUUUGCCAGGAGUCACAUCCCACGCACAGACAGGGCUGACGGCAGAAGAUGGUCCCUUGCAUCCCUCCCGUCUUCUGGCUAUGGAACCAACACGCCCAGCUCUACUCUCUCGUCGAGCUCAUCCUCCCGGGAGCGGCUCCACCAGCUUCCUUUCCAACCGACGCCAGACGAACUGUGCUUCCUGUCCAAGCAUUUCCGCAGCUCAGAGAGUGUGGCUGAUGAGGAGGGCGGCCACCGCUCACCUCGCCUUCGCCCCCGCUCCCGCAGCCUCAGCCCUGGACGCACAACAGGGACCUUCGACAAUGAGAUCGUCAUGAUGAAUCAUGUGUACCGGGAAAGAUUCCCCAAGGCCACGGCACAGAUGGAGGGCCGUCUGCAGGAGUUCCUGGCCACCUUCUCGCCUGGCGCCCGGCUGGCACUGGCUGAUGGCGUGCUGGGUUUCAUCCACCACCAAAUCAUCGAGCUGGCCCGCGACUGCCUAGCCAAGUCUGGAGAGGCGCUUGUCACCUCCCGCUACUUCCUGGAGAUGCAGGAGAAGCUGGAGAGGCUGCUGCAGGAUGCCCACGAGCGCUCAGACAGUGAGGAAGUUGGCUUCAUUGUCCAGCUUGUCCGGAAGCUGCUGAUCAUCAUCUCAAGGCCGGCGAGGCUCCUUGAAUGCCUGGAGUUUGACCCUGAGGAGUUUUACCACCUGCUGGAGGCUGCCGAGGGCCAGGCCCGCGAGGGCCAGGGCAUCAAGACGGACCUGCCGCAGUACAUCAUUGGGCAGCUGGGCCUGGCUAAGGACCCCCUCCAGGAGAUGGUGCCUCUGAGUCACCUUGAUGACAGUGGAGGGCAGCCCCCAGCACCCGAGUCCCCAGAGAGUCGUGCCCUGGUCGGCCCUUCACGGAGGAAACCAUGUGAGAGUGACUUUGAGACUAUCAAACUGAUUAGCAAUGGAGCUUAUGGGGCUGUCUACCUGGUGCGGCACCGGGACACCAGGCAGCGCUUCGCCAUCAAGAAGAUCAACAAGCAGAACCUGAUCCUGCGCAACCAGAUCCAGCAGGUCUUCGUGGAGCGCGACAUCCUCACCUUUGCCGAGAAUCCCUUUGUGGUCAGCAUGUUCUGCUCCUUUGAGACCCGGCGCCACUUAUGCAUGGUCAUGGAGUAUGUGGAAGGUGGGGACUGUGCCACCCUCCUAAAGAACAUGGGCCCGCUGCCCGUGGACAUGGCCCGCAUGUACUUUGCGGAGACGGUGCUGGCGCUGGAGUACCUGCAUAACUACGGGAUUGUGCACCGGGACCUCAAGCCUGACAACCUGCUCAUCACCUCUCUUGGCCACAUCAAGCUCACUGACUUCGGCCUGUCUAAGAUCGGGCUCAUGAGCAUGGCCACCAACCUCUACGAGGGCCACAUCGAGAAGGACACUCGGGAGUUCGUGGACAAGCAGGUGUGUGGGACGCCUGAGUACAUUGCCCCCGAGGUGAUCUUCCGCCAGGGCUACGGGAAGCCAGUGGACUGGUGGGCCAUGGGCGUCGUCCUCUACGAAUUCCUGGUGGGCUGUGUGCCAUUCUUUGGAGAUACCCCCGAGGAGCUCUUUGGCCAGGUGGUCAGUGAUGAGAUCAUGUGGCCAGAGGGGGACGAGGCCCUUCCAGCUGAUGCCCAGGACCUCAUCACCAGACUGCUUCGGCAGAGCCCACUGGACCGUCUGGGCACUGGUGGCACCCACGAAGUAAAGCAGCACCCCUUCUUCUGGACCCUGGACUGGGCGGGGCUUCUGCGACACAAAGCCGAGUUCGUGCCACAGCUUGAGGCCGAGGAUGACACGAGCUACUUCGACACGCGCUCAGAGCGUUACCGCCACCUGGGCUCUGAGGACGAUGAGACCAACGACGAGGAGUCAUCCACGGAGAUCCCCCAGUUCUCUUCCUGUUCCCACCGCUUUAGCAAGGUCUACAGCAGCUCUGAGUUCUUGGCUGCCCAGCCCACCCCAACCUUUGCAGAACGAAGCUUCAGUGAGGACCGGGAAGAAGGGUGGGAUCGGAGCAGCGAAGGGGACUAUGGGCGCCGGCUGAGCACCGAGGUCCGGCUGAGGUCCUGCAUGUCCUCCGGUUCCUCCUGCCACUCAUCCUCCUCCCAGCCUGAGCGGGGCCCUAGCCCAUCUCUCCUGAGCACCAUCAGCCUGGAUACAAUGCCCAAGUUUGCCUUCUCAUCAGAGGAUGAGGGAGCCGGCCCAGCCCCUGUGGCCAAAAGGCCCAUCUUCAUUCUAGGGGAGCCUGACCCACCCCCAGCAGCCACCCCCGUGAUGCCUAAGCCCUCUUCCAGCCUUUCUGCUGACACAGCAGCCCUCAGCCAUGCGCGCCUACGAAGCAACAGCACUGGCGCACGACACUCCACGCCACGGGCCCUGGAUGCCGGUCGGGGCCGCCGCCUUGGGGGCCCAAGAGACUCAGCCCCUGAGAAAUCCAGGACCUCCCCCAGCGGGGGCCGCGUGCCCAAGUCAGCCUCCGUGUCCGCCCUGUCGCUCAUUAUCACGGCAGAUGACGGCAGUGGCGGCCCCCUCAUGAGUCCCCUGUCCCCACGCUCGCUGUCCUCGAACCCGUCGUCCCGUGACUCCUCUCCCAGCCGAGAUCCUUCCCCCGUGUGUGGCAGCCUGCGGCCCCCCAUUGUCAUCCACAGCUCGGGCAAGAAGUAUGGCUUCAGCCUGCGGGCAAUCCGAGUCUACAUGGGCGACAGUGAUGUCUACACUGUGCACCACGUGGUGUGGAGCGUGGAGGAGGGAAGCCCCGCCCAGGAGGCGGGCCUGCGAGCCGGAGACCUCAUCACCCACAUCAAUGGGGAGUCGGUCCUGGGGCUGGUACACAUGGACGUCGUGGAGCUGCUGCUGAAGAGUGGCAACAAGAUUGCCCUUCGGACCACGGCCCUGGAGAACACCUCCAUCAAGGUGGGCCCUGCACGGAAGAAUGUGACCAAGGGCCGCAUGGCGCGCAGGAGCAAGCGGAGCCGAAGGCGGGAGACACAGGACCGACGGAAGUCACUCUUCAAGAAGAUCUCAAAACAGUCAUCCGUGCUGCACACCAGCCGCAGCUUCUCCUCUGGCCUCCACCACUCCCUGUCAUCCAGCGAGAGCCUCCCAGGCUCACCCACCCACAGCCUCUCCCCCAGCCCCACCACGCCCUGCCGCAGCCCGGCUCCUGAUGCCCCAGCAGACACAGCCUCUCCACCCAGUGCAUCCCCAAGCUCCAGCAGCCCUGCAUCUCCAGCUGCCGCUGGCCACACCCGCCCCAGCUCCUUGCAUGGCCUGGCCGCCAAGCUUGGACCACCUCGCCCCAAAGCUGGCCGCCGCAAGUCCACCAGCAGCAUCCCACCCUCCCCACUGGCCUGCCCGCCUGUGCCUCCGCCCCCACCCCGUUCACCUUCGCCCCUGCCAGGCCACCCGCCUGCACCUGCACGGUCCCCAAGGUUGCGCCGAGGCCAGUCAGCUGACAAGCUGGGUACAGGUGAGCGGCUGGACGGGGAGCUGGGGCGCCGCAGCCGCGGGCCGGACUCUGAGCUGGUGGUCAUGCGGCGGCUGCAUCUGUCUGAGCGCCGAGACUCCUUCAAGAAGCAGGAGGCUGUGCAGGAGGUGAGCUUUGAUGAGCCACCUGAGGAGGCUGCAGGGCCACCCCCCUUAGUGCCGCAGAUUGCCGUGGAGGGGGCUGAGGCCAUUCCAGGAGCCCUUGGACCUGCUGGGAAAGACUAAUCCGUCCUACCUGGCCUCUCCCUGGCCUGGAAGCUGUGCAUUUUUCUGGAAUGUUUUUUUCCAUAAAUUGACAUCUGGAUGGAGACUGAGCCUGUGACACCUGGAAGAUGAUGAGAAGCCAUCACAGUUAUUGCUGGAAGGUGUAGAAAGUGCCUCCUCCCUUGUGUUCUGGAGCCGAUCAAUCAGGGGGUCAUAGGGGCAGGAAUGGGAGACCAGGGUGUUAUUGUAAAUAGCAGCAAAUCCCUGCAACUAAUUUAUUACUUUUUAUAAGCGAUAGCCAGACUGAGCCGCCACUGUUAAGGCGGCUGCCCAGGUCCUGCUCCAUGCACCUGGGACCCAUUUGUAGACCCUGCCCCCUGGGCUGAGAAGGAAGCACUUUGGACAAGUCACGUGUGUUCAUGUUUUCUCGUUUUUCUGUACUUUUAAAGUUGUUUUGUGUUACUUGAUCCCAUCCCUGACUCAAGACCCACAGGUUUGAAGGGAUACAGCCAAGCUUACCUGUCCAGGCCCAAUUUGGGUGACUUGGAGAGUCCACAAACAGAGUUCCCCCUCCACGGCAAAGCAAAGUAAUCCUGAUGAUGGACUGGAUUCUGAAGGCUACUACCCAUCAUCAUUGUCUCCAUCCCUCAGCCAACUGUGCCUGAGUCUGCGUCCAAUCCGAUGGGCUUAAGGGGGUGUGGGCUGGGGCUUUGAUGUAUGUGUAGAAGUUCACCAGAUUUAGGCAGAGGGGUUGCCCACUUCACAGCCAGACACUGGUGCCCUGGCAGGCAGAGGCCUCAAAGGGCACUUCAGGGUAGCAUAAGGAUGUCCACCCUGAACAAGAUUUUUUUGUGUUUGAUGCCCACCGGGGUGAACCCUUGACCAUGAUGUGUCUGAAACCCCUCCCCCCGCUAGGGGGUGCCCUCCAUGUGUCAGAGCCUCCCCGGGAUGAAAUUUGAGUGAGAAAGUCCAACCAGGGGUCAGUGAGGCCAAAGUUUGAAUCUUGGCUUCACAUUUGGCUCUGGGAAAAUGGCUUCCCAGCUCUGUGCCUCGGUUUCCUUGUGUUUACAAAGCUAAUCCCAAUGACUAUUUAUUAAGCACCUACUGUAUGCCAAGCGCUUUUACUCGUGGCUUCUCCCUCAGCCAGCCUUAAGAAGGCUAGAAGUGGUGUUCUCAUCCUCAUUUUACAGACAAAUAACUAAGGUCUGGGGAGAGGCAGAGAUUUGUCCCAUGAUUGCCUGGUGAGAGUCAUGCAGCCAGGCUCUGUCUCUCUGGAGCUUGGAUCUAAUGUCAGAGCAGAUUCCAGCUCUCUCCCCUGUGAUGCUAAGUGACCCACUGGGCACCUCAGAGCCUCCCUUUCUCCCAUUUGUGGGUUGUUAGCAAGAUCUCUGUGUCCUACGUGGUGAGGGCACUUUCCAGGCACUGCAGCCCAGUCUGCAUUCCUUCUGGAGACACCCAUGCAGCACCACCUAGUGUUGGAGCUAGACCAAGGCUGUGCAUGACUUGCUCCCGCCUUCCACCCCGGAGCUGACAGUGAAUAAAAGCCCACAUUUACAAAAAGGA